AUGUCAGACAACCCAUUUGCUGAUCCAUUUUCGGCUCCAGCCACAAAUACUACUCAAAGUGCCACCGAAGAUUUCAAUCCUUUUGCAAAUCGUGCAACAACAGCAGCUUCACAACCAACAGCUCAUAAGGUAUCAUUUCUUUUUUCUCUCUCUGUAAAAAAAUGCCUUUUUUGCUUCAAUUAAACCAACAGAGGGCCCAUGAAGAGCACACUCACAUAUCGAUUUUCAUGCGUGUGUGUGUGUUGCUCUCUAUUUUUUCGAAUCUUAAAGUAGAUAAUCAAAUUGAAAGUUUUUGUAGCCGACAGCUGCUCAAGGUGGAAUGGACGAUGAAUUGUUUAGAAAACAACAAGAAUUGGAAAGAAGAGCACAAGAAUUGAGAAUUCGAGAAGAAGAAUUAGAUAGAAGGCAGAGACAACAAUCAAAUAACUGUGAGAUUUUCAUUUCAUUUUUUCUCAUGAGAUUAAUUAAAUUUUAAAAUAAAUAUAGGAUUUUUUUAGUGAACACAGGAGCUGCAAAUAAUGGCCCAAAACCUCAUAACUGGCCACCACUUCCAACAAUUAUCCCAAUUGAACCAUGUUUUUAUCAGGUUUGUUCAUUUUUUUGAAAAACAAGAACUUAUAAAAAUUAAUAUUUUUAGGACAUCGAAGUUGAAAUUCCUGUUCAAUUCCAAAAAACUGUUACAAUGGUUUAUUAUGUGUUUCUAGUUUAUGUUCUCGCAUUGGUUGUCAAUGUUGUUGCAUCAAUUAUUUAUAUGCUAUGUGCAAAGGGUUUGUUUAUUUUUGAAAAAUCAUUUUUUUAAGUAACAUUAUUUUAGGCUCAGUUGGUCAAGUUUUCUUGGCAAUUAUUCAACUCGGUCUUUUCUCUCCAUGUUCUUUCUUAUUUUGGUUUAGACCUGUAUAUAAAGCAUUUAGAAAUGAUUCAUCAUUCAAUUUCAUGGUAAGAUUCUAAAAUAUUAUUCUGAAUUCAAAUUCCAAUUUCAGGUUUUCUUUUUCGUUCUUUUCUUCCACUCACUUUUCACUUUAGUCCAAACUCUUGGUUUAUCUUCAUAUGCUUGUGGAUGGGUUAAUGCGUUGGAUACUUUUUCAGUCAAUGUUCCAGUUGCUCUUAUUAUGUUAUUGUCAGCGAUUUGUUUCACUGUUGCUUUGACUGGAAUGGUUAUUGCAUUGGUCAGAGUUCAUCGAUUAUACAGGUAUUUUUUUUUACAAAAAAUCUAGAAAAUAUCAUGAAAUUGAACAGUCGACCAAAAAUUUCAGAACCAAAAUAAGUAUUUGUAAAAUUUGAAUAUUUUUCCUUCGGGCUGUAAUAUUUAUAUCAAACGUGUUUCUUUUUUCAAAAAUAUUUUCCCUAAUUUUAAGAAAAACUUGAAAAAUUUGAGGUCUACCGGUUUGAGAUAGUUAAUUGCAAACUUUGAAAAAUAAGCUAAGUGUUUUUUUUUUUGGAUUUAUCACAACAUGUCAGCCCAAUGAAAAUUGGCAAUCGGUGAGAGUGAAGAAGACUUAGAGAAAAAUAGAUCAAAGGUACAUAAAAAAAUUGUGGGUUUGAAAAUCCAUAAUUUUUGAAAUUGCGGUUGGUAAGCAUAUUUUGUUUCGAACAAAAUUUAGAUGACUGUUAGUCGCUUGGUACAGUGAAAAUUCAAAAAUGAAUUCUCAAAAAUCAAGCUGAAGCCUAUUUCUAGAGAUCCUAGACCCGCAAAUUCGACUCGCUGUAGAUCACGCGCGAUUUCAAUAUCUUUUCCCUCUCUUUCACUCUCACCGAUUGCUUUUUGACAUGUUGUGUUAUGGGGCCAGCAAUUUCGCAUUCUUUUGAUCUACAGUAAUAUGGGAUUUUUGAGACCCAAAAAGUAAUUCUAUACUGUAGAUUUUGGUUCCAAAAUCUGACGUUUUCUUGAAUUGACGUUUUCCUAAAUAAUCGACGUGGCAUUUAGAAAUUCACGGUUCAAACAAAGUUUGAGAAAUACACAUCACUGCUUUUCAAAAAAACGUUUUAUUCUUACAAUUUUUGAGAGUAAAAUUUCAGUCUGAAAAUUUCAGAUUCAAAAAAAUUUGAAAAUUCUUUCGAACGGAAAAAUAUAUUUUAUUGUUAUUUCAGAGGAGCUGGUUUCUCAAUCGAUAAAGCUCGUCAAGAAUUCACCAAUGGAGUUAUGUCGGAUGCCGGUGUUCAACGAGCUGCUUCAGCUGCAACUCAAGCAGCUGCCGGUGCUGCUUUCCAACAAGCUUCCCAAGGGCGUUUCUAA